AUGGGAGUGACCUGUAGUAAUCCGGAUUUUCGGGGAACAUUCGGUGUAACAGCAGAUGAAAUUUCCAUCAAUUGUAAAGAUUAUGUAAAUUCAGAAAGUAAGAACUGUAUGGACAACGGGAGUAUUCUUGAUGAUUUGCACCCAUUUGGCGUCCCCAGUAAAAAAUCGAUGUUCAAUUGUCGAACGGAUUCAAUCAGAACUUUAUUCGAAUACAACGUGGAAUCGGAUAACCCAACUUUAAAUUCGCAGGUCCCAUGGACCAACUCUUACUAUAAUAGAAAACGAAAUUCGUUUGAAGUGACAAAAACCAUGAGUAAAAAAGAGAGUAUCAGUAUUUUAAAAGAAAGCCAACUUCAACGAUCACUCGAAAACAAAGCCACGAGAAAAAAAUCGCUGGUUUUACAGAAUUGGAUUUCUGGCGAACUGGAUAAUUCUGUGCUUGAACAGUAG